AACGCUGCAUCUUUCUAGAGUUCCGACUUUCCGACCUGAAGCUCGCCGACGUCGUGAUUUGACCUCGUUUUUUUCGCCGAGUUCCCAGUUGUCUUGAAAGCACCACAAGAGGCGGAUGUUGAGUAGAUGAAUGAUAAACAGACGAGCUCACGGUUGCCAUCAUUUGACUUCCCUGCAAACAGGCUUGUGAUAUAGCUGUCGUCAUCACCUAAUUCCAAUUGUGUGGAAGAGACAACACAUCAGGCUGUUGGACCAGACGGAAGAGCAGGCUCUGUAGGUGGAAACUCCCCACUGUCAUCAGCAGACUGGCUGAGUGAGUUCAAGGCCAGUGGUGAGUGGAGCUUCUACCCCAGGCCCCCCCCAUCCAAAGGUCCAGUCAGCAUGUCCAGCGACCCCCCUCCUCCCUACCCCGGAGGUCCCAGCGCCCCUCUUAUCAAGGAGAAGAAUGGACAGCCAGCCAUUCCGGGCUCGGCGGUCCCUGUAUCGACGGGUCCUCCUCAGGGACACCCCCUGCCUCCAGACUAUGGCCCUCCACCCUACGAGGCCACGCUACAGCCAGGCUUCUUGCCUCCACACGUCCCAGGAGAUGGGGCCAUGCCCAUACCACAUGGUGGCUUCUACCCUCCGCCAGGUCACUUUGGCCCAGGGCAGUUUGGCCCGGGGCAGUUUGGCCCGGGGCCCAUUCAAUUUGGGCCUGUGGCAGGUCAGACGGCUCACACGGUGCUGGUACCCCCUGGGACAGCUACCACAGUGACCGUGCUACAGGGGGAGAUAUUCCAGACAGCACCCGUACAGACUGUGUGUCACCACUGCCAGCAGCCCAUCAUCACCCGCAUCAACCACAGCGUGGGCCUCAUGAACGCUGUCUUCUGCCUCUUCUGCUUCUUUGUUGGGUGUGAUCUGGGUUGCUGCUUGAUUCCCUGUCUGAUCGAUGAUCUCAAGGAUGUGAUACACACCUGCCCCUACUGCAAGGGCUACAUCUACACAUACAAGCGUAUCUGCUAACCACCAACAGACAGACACGUGUACAGUGGGGCAAAAAAGUAUUUAGUCAGCCACCAAUUGUGCAAGUUCUCCCACUUAAACAGAUGAGGGGCCUGUAAUUCAUCAUAGGUACACUUCAACUAUGACAGACGAAAUGAGAAAAAAA